AUGGCUCAAUUUGAUCCCAUGGGAUUCCUCACACCGAUUACCGUAUGUGGAAAAAUGUUGGUCCAGGAUCUUUGGAGAAAUGGCUGUGAAUGGGAUGCUAGGAUCGAUGAAGUAUCGUUCCAGAAAUGGCUGCGCUGGAUACAGAUGAUGCGAAACGUUGGGUCGUUCAAGCUGCCAAUGAGUUAUUUUGGAGGUGCAAAGUCUAACGAAAUAACGAAUCUGCAGUUGCACGUAUUCGCUGAUGCUAGCGAGACAGCGUACGGGUGUGUAGCGUAUUUCAGGGCGAUCGUGCAAGGAGAAGUAAGGUGUGCGUUGGUCAUGAGCCGAUCUAAGGUGGCACCACUGAAGCAGAUCUCGAUCCCUCGACUAGAGCUUCUGGCUGCUGUUUUGGGAGCACGGUUGUCGCGGGCUGUGCUCGAGAACCACAACAUCGUUAUUGGGAAAAUUGUUUACUGGAUCGACGCGAGCGUAGUGCUAUCGUGGAUUCGAUCCGAUCAGCGAAGGUACAGACAGUUCGUGGGGUUCCGGAUUGGCGAGAUUCUUACUCUGACGAGGUUAACCGAUUGGCGCUGGGUACCGACCAGAGUUAACGUUGCAGACCAGCUUACGAAGUGGGGCAAGGAUCCGGAUAUGCAUCCUAACAGUUCAUGGGUUCGCGGACCAGCGUUUUUGUACCAAAGUGAAGAAGGGUGGCCGAAAAGAGAUCUGCCGCCGGCAAACACGACAGAGGAACUGAGAAUCCAUCUAUUGCUGCAUGAGGUGAAAGGAUCGGAUGUUCUCGUGGAUCCUGGCCGCUUCUCUAAAUGGACGGUGUUAGUACGAACUAUGGCGUGCGUACUUCGUUUCGUAUCGAAUUGUAAAAGAAAUGUUGCCGGGUUGCCGAUUGAGGUACUGCGUGCAACGAACAAGCAGGCGAAGGUACUUAAGUUAAGAAAAGGCGCGUCGAUCAGGCGGCCGCUUCAGCAAAGCGAGUACCAACAAGCGGAACUAUUUUUGUUGAAAAUGACGCAGGUGGAAAACUUUAUCGAUGGACUGACGGUACUGAAACGAAACAGGGAUCGUCCGACUGAUCAGUGGAUAACCAUCGAAAGGUCUAGUCCGUUGUACAAACUGACUCCGUUGCUCGAUGAGAGUGGCUUGAUCCGCAUGGAGGGACGAGUUGAGCGAGCAGACUUUCUUCCGUUUGAUUUACGUUUUCCAGCGAUUCUGCCGAACAAUCAUAGAAUUACGUGGUUGAUUGUUCAACAUUAUCACGAGAGGAGUGGACAUGGAUACCGCCAGGCGGUGAAAAACGAGCUGAGGCAAUUGUAUUACAUUCCACACGUGGAUGCGGUAGUUCGAAAGGUAUUGUCUUCAUGCGUUUGGUGCAAGGUGCAUCGUAGUCGGCCUCAAGUUCCGCGUAUGGCUCCGCUGCCGGUACAGAGACUUACGCCAAACCUUCGUCCGUUCAGCUUCGUUGGAGUCGAUUUGGGACCGUUUGAUGUUACUGUUGGGCGCCGAACAGAGAAACGGUGGAUCGCGCUGUUUACCUGUCUGGUAACACGCGCGGUGCAUUUGGAAGUGGCACACGGGUUGACUACUCAGUCGUGCCUAAUGGCAGUAUAUCGGUUCGUGGGUCGUCGUGGUUGGCCGUGCGAAUUCUUUUCCGAUAACGGAACCAAUCUGCGAGGAGCUAGCAAAGAAGUGCUAGAAGUUGUUCGGGGAAUAGGAGACGACUGCGCCGAUCAAAUUACAAACGCUCGGACAAAGUGGACGUUUAAUCCGCCAGCAACACCCCAUAUGGGAGGCGUAUGGGAGCGUCUUGUACGUUCAGUGAAGGAGAUGCUGACGGCUCUUGACGACGGUAGGCGUGUAACGGAUGAGAUUCUGCAAACAACUAUUGUCGAGGCGGAGGACAUAAUAAAUUCUCGUCCGCUCACCUACGUUUCACAGCAGACAGAGGAAGCUGAAGCACUCACCCCGAACCACUUUUUGAGGGGUACCUCACCGAACCAGCCUUGCGCAGGUUCACCAGUUGUACACACAGCAAAAGCACUUCGGGACGCGUUUCAGCGUUCACAGCAGUUAGCCAACGUGAUGUGGGAGAGAUGGAUAAAGGAGUAUGUUCCCUCGCUAAAUCAGAGGACAAAAUGGUUCGGCGAGACUAGACCGUUGAAAUCUGGAGAUUUGGUGUACGUCGUGGAAGGUAACAGCCGAAAGUGCUGGAUUCGAGGAGUGGUGGAGGAACCCAUCGUGUCAGGUGACGGACGGGUUCGACAGGCAUGGGUGCGAACGAAAAGCGGAAGAUUCGAGCGAGCGACAGCGAAACUAGCAGUGAUGGAGAUUCAAGAAGGUAACUCUGAGCCGGAUAGCACUCUCGGGACAGGGUUACGGGCCGGGGAAUGCUCUGGCCACACUGGUUAUGUUUCAGCCGCGUCGCUGCAUGCUUGA